CUAGUUCCGGAAUCCGUCUUCCAGCCUCGUCUUCUGACCGCCCGCAGGCGACGAUUAAAGGCGUCAGGGUGACGCUAGUUGGCGGCAGUUUGAAAAGGAGAAUGCGCUUUUCUUAGUUGUGAUAAUGUCGACGUUGAGUGCUUUUGGCAAACUCCCAACACUUAAUUCUGCGACCAUUUUGUUGGUGGGAACAAAUGAUGUUUUCCAGCAGCAACUAGCAGAAACUCUUCUUAAGGAAAGACAAGAUUUGAAAAUAAAUAUACAUUUGGCAGCCUCUCUUCCUUUACCUGUGGAGAGAAACCACGUUCGACCAAGGAUUGAUUUGAUUGUCUUUAUGAUUAACAUUCAAAGCAAAUACAGUUUUGAAGAAAUAGAAGCUUCCCUUAUACAUGUAGAUGCAAACUUUUUCCUUGGAAAAGUGUGCCUUCUAGUUACUGGUGUAGGUAGAAUGAAUAAAAUAAGUGUGGAUAUGGAUGCCAUCUGGAAGCUAGCAAAUCGCUACUGUAGCCCUGUCUUGCUCUGUGAGCUUGAAUAUGAAAAAAUCAGAACUGCCACAGCUCAGAGACUUCUCCGGAUGUUACAAAUAUGCGCUGGUCAUGUAUCAGGGAUGUCUUCCCUUUCUUUCAGUUCUUUAAUGAAAUGCUCCAUUGAGGACUCAAGUUAUUUGGCAUAAAACAUUAUUGUAUUUUCCAGUUUUACUAUCUGUGAUUUCUGAGUGAACUGAAUAUAAGCAUCACUCUGUCAGAAA